GGUAUGUCUACUUCAGCUUCUUCUCUGAAAGACUCAACAGACAAAUUACAAUUGAUGAGGACCAGAAGGGCAGCAGGCUAUUGUACAAGCAGCCCAGUAUCUUGGAUGGACGUACUGAUGUGGUGUCAGUGACCCCAUGGUUGGCACCCAUUGUCUGGGAAGGCACCUUUGACCCUGUGCUAAUCGACAACAUCUACAAGCCCAUGAACCUCACCAUAGCAACCACUGUGUUUGCCGUUGGAAAAUACGUCAGGUUUCUCCAAGAUUUUCUGGAGACAGCAGAGAAGCACUUCAUGGUCGGCUUCAACGUGCACUACUACGUUUUCACUGAUCGUCCCCACGAUGUUCCUUCAGUGAACCUGGCUCAGGGGAGACAUUUGAGUGUGAUCCAGGUCCCGGGUUCAAACCGCUGGCAGGAGAUAUCAGCCCGGAGGAUGGAGAUCAUCCAGACCACCAUCGAACGUCAGAUCAGACGGGAGGCCGACUACAUCUUCUGUCUGGACGUGGACAGCAAGUUCCACGCUCGCUGGGGGUCCGAGUCUCUUGGAAGGCUGGUUGCUGUUAUACACCCAGGCUAUUAUGAGGAGACGCGUGACAGCUUCCCGUACGAACGGCGUCCAGCCUCGACUGCCUACAUCCGGAUGGAUGAGGGAGACUACUACUAUGGCGGGGCUAUGUUCGGAGGGUUCGUGGAGGAUGUGUACACACUAACAAAGGUAUGUCGGAAACGGUUUGAGGAGGAUGCGGGGAAUUCCAUCGAGGCUGCCUGGCAGGAGGAGAGCCACCUCAACAGGUACCUGCUCGACAACAAGCCCAGCAAGGUGUUGUCUCCAGAAUACCUGUGGCAGGACUUGAAGGCAAAAACCAAAGAGGUCAAAGUCAUUCGCUUUUCAGGGGUCAUUAAAAACUAUGCUGAAGUUCGUCCCAAUGUAUAAAAAUAGGUAGUGGCUAUUAGACCGGCAGAAGAAAAACUUAAUUUAUUCAUAGCGGUAAAAUUAAUUGAGUUUAGGUUUAGGAACGAGGGUUAAGUUUAAAUGUAGGUAUAAUUUGACUGGGGUUAAUGUUUGGGUUAAGGUUAGGGAAAGGCAUAAUAAUAAUAAUAAUUUGGGGGGUGCUUAUAUUUGUCACCUGUGGGUGUUUCUUCUACAAAUGUGUAAUGGAAAUGUGUUUCUUGCAUAUCCCAACUCCUGAGAGUGGGGUCACGGGCCAGGGUCACCAUUGUUCGUUUUAACUUAUAAGAACAUGUUUUUUCAUUUUCUAUCUUUAUUUCAUUCUGUAUUCUGUAGCCUAUCUAUUUUGCAUGUUGAUUACUGUAAGGAGGAAACGAAUAAAUAAAUAAAUAAAUAAAUAAAUAUGUAAAAAAUGUAACACAAUAGUAUUAUGUUAUUUUCUUGAAAUAAAUAUUUUACUACUUUCCAUUA